CCGGGGUGGGGGGGGUUUCAGGAUUCACUUCGCCGCCAACAGUCGCCUAUUCUCGGGUGGGACAGCUGUCCUCUCCGGGUACACACAUCAGACCAGCAUGUCUCUAUCGGGGCGUCCCAACACGGUCCGGCUGCUGUUCCUCGGAGCAGCGGGGGUCGGUAAGAGCGCGCUCAUCCGCCGCUUCCUCCACGACCACUUCGAGCACAAGUACACGCGCACAGUCGAGGAGCUUCACGUGCUGGUGUACGACACCGCCGGGUCCGGGAAGAUGCGUCUGGAGAUCUUGGACACGAGCGGCAGCUACUCCUUCCCGGCGAUGCGGGAGCUCAGCAUCCGACACAGUGACGCGUUCGCGCUCGUGUACGCGGUGGACGACCCCGGGUCCCUCGAGGAGGUGCGGCGGCUCCGCGACGAGAUUCUGGAACUACGGGGCAACAAGAGCGCGCCCAUCACCGUGGUCGGCAGCAAGGCGGACCUGAGGGACACAGAGGGUCGCGUGCUGCUGGCGGCUGACGUCAUGGCCACAGUGGAGGACGAUUGGGACGCCAACUUCGUGGAGGCGUCCGCGCGCACCGGGGGGAACGCGGUCGGGGUGUUCCGCGCGCUGCUGCAACAGGUGAACCCGCCGCGCCUGCUGAGCGCUGAUGCGGUGUGGAGGCGCAGAGACACGGUGCCCAGACCAGCAGUGAAGAAGAGACCACCACUGAAGAAGAACAACAGCUGUGCCCUGUCGUAGGGGACAUUUGCUCUGGUUUCUCUGCAGCUGGACUGCUCGUGCUCAGGUGUUGCUGGUCAUCACAGUACUCAACCUGGUUUAGUCAGAAAUAGUUGAAUGGGAGCUGUGAUAUGGGAUACACUUUAUUUAAAGAUUCACAUUUUCGUGUCUCUACAUUUUCUUUUUAUCUUUUGUGAAUAAAAUAUUUGUUGUGAUUUUUGUCUGCUGCCUGCUUUCAUAUUUUCAAUCAAAUGCACUCCAGUCAGCACUGAGAUGACUUGAUCUAAUGAAAGUGUGUAUAAAGUAAUUUUAUCGUUGUAAAAGUAUGCCUCAGUGUAAAAAUACUCCCAAGUAAAAGAACAACAUCAACAAGUUGACCUAUGUUGCAAAGUAUACUGCCAAAGUAAAAUUAAAAGUGCUUGUGGUGCAUAACAACCCUUGUCAAAGAGAUUUGGAUCUUAUGGAACAUUAGCAUGAUAGGUAUAGCUUUUUAUAUUGUGGUUGAAAUAAAGCUAAUUUGAGCUUCUUGAUACAGCCUUGCAGCAUCUUUGUCAAAUAUAAAACCUGGAUCUUCAAAUCUAAAUGUAAUGAGAAUAAUACAAUAUUUGCCUUUGAGAUGUAAAAGCAUUAAGUUGUCUAACACAAAUAUUCAAGUAGCCUAAAGUACAGUAGGCCUAUACUUCAAAUUGUACUUGAGUAGGCUGCAAUACUUCAUGUGCCUUCCACCACUGAAGUCCGGAGCUUAGUGAUGUUGUCCCCUUUGAAAAAUGUGAAAUAAAUUAUUAUU